AUGGUGCUACUCUCCGCCGACACUGGGCUCAAGGUCUGUGUGGGGAUCUUCUUUUUGAGCUCUUUCUUCCUUGCGGCAUCCUAUAAUGCCACAUUUGCUUUUGACCGCCCGGUCCAUACGGCCGUCUUGGUCUGCCUCCUCACAGGAGCAGUCUUCAUAAGUUUGGGCCGAUUCGUUCCGGCAGCAUCUCGACCCUCCUCGCCAAAAGGUAAAUGGACCGCCGUUCCGCUCUCCGACCAAUUUGAACUGUCAUCGCCGCGAAUCUCGACUGCGUCAUCUCCAAUUCUGGGUUUUAAUGAGCCUAUUCUACCCCAAUCUCCGUUCUGGCUGUCCCGGUUUUGGUGGAAGGUCGGCCUGUUGUUGGUCCUCUGUUGCUUGCGAGUAGAGUUGUUUCGCCGAGUCACUCUUCAUUCCGAGUGCGUGCCUGAUGGAUAUGCUUAUGCCAUUCCGUUCGUUGUGUCGCUUUACGACUAUUGGCGCAACCAACGAUCACAGCCAAGGGAGGAGUAUGUUCCCUUGCAACGGUCCCAAGGACUGCCUAUCCAAUUAGCGUACUCGACCUGCCGACGAAGCUUCCAUUUCCUGACUCGAAGCCGCGUUCGAGGUAUAAUUGCAGCUGCCUUCCUUUCAGUAGCUGGCUACAUGGCCGCGUCGUUCACGGCUGGUAGCCAGUCCACCUACGUGUGCCCGAUUGUCAUCAACGCAGCGGCUCGCCUUCAAAUCAUCAGGGUCACCAACACAUUGGUAGACUCAGUCCUUUUGAUUGGGGUCGCCGAUUUAUGCCAUACCGGAGCUGGGCAUGAGGGCAAGCGGAGAAAGCGAGCAUUGGUGUCACUGGGAGCUGGUCUCCUGGGCAUUGCUCUCAUCUGGAGCAUUAUUUCGAAUUUCAUAACGAACAGUCGUCCUGAACACAGCGGCCAGCCCUUCCUGGAUGUGAAAUACUCACGCAGUGCUCUUGGCGAGGCGCUACUAAUCGUGUUCUUAUUGACAUCGGCGUGGCAGAUGUUGCCCCAUUAUGGCGUUCUAGGGCUGUCGAUCUUUGGCGGUUUCAUAUUCAUCUACUUUUCCUCCACAUCGACCUUGCUCUUUCAACAAAUGCCGUUCCCUUUCAUCUCGACGACUCAGGCCGUUCUUACUGUUGUUGCAUCAUCUACCGGAGCCGUCCUCUUUCUUCUUGCACGCAUCAUUUCCGAGGAAGAGUCAAAGUCACUAUACCGCGCGAAUAUUUCGCUCCAGAUAGUGUUCACCAUCCUAUGCGGAAUCGCCGUGAUCUUCGCAAUUGGCAAACACCAAUUCUCUCAUACGCAUCCAAUUGACAUCCUUAUUCACAAAGGAACCAUUCAUUUCGACAAAUACAUCACCCAGGCUGGCGCCAGCAAGACUCUCGCAGAUGCUGUUUUGGAAUAUCAAAGACGUUAUGAGCAGCUUCCGCCUCCUGGAUUUGACAAAUGGUGGGAAUAUGCAACAAAGCGAUCCUCAUUGGUCAUCGACGAGUUUGAUCAGAUCUACAAGAAUCUGCUUCCUUUCCGAGCCAUCCCCCCAGCGCAGAUUCGGGACAUGACACAAAAGUUGGCGACGAAUCCUUUUAAUGAUCUCGGAGCUAUCAGCAUUCGAAAUGGCAAACCCCAUAUCCAAGAAGGUAUUAAGCCAACGCAUGCAUGGAUGGUCAAAGGAGCUGCAGAUAUGAUCGAAAACUUCUCCGAGCAUCUUCCAGACAUGGAUCUCGUGUUCAAUCUGAAUGACGAGCCUCGGGUCGCCGUGCCUUGGGAAAAGGCUUUCCAGCUAAAGCGAGAAGCAAAAACACAUCUAUCCAUCCCCCCGGAAAAUGUGGUAGGAAGUUAUUCUGCAGACAGAGGGCAAGGUUGGGGCCCCAUAGAGCCUGCAGACCAAACGAACGAGACUAUUUUCACGGAUGGUGCAUGGCGAGGUGUGUGGGAUCCGUAUGUGAGCGCGGUUUGCCCGCCUUCGUCUAGGGCACGCACUCGACGAAUUUGGAACCGUCGUGACAUCUGCCUGGGCUGCACAGAGCCCCAUACCAUGGGACAAUUCCCCUUGGAUUUCAAUCUAGCUUCUGAAAUCUGCCACCAGCCCGACCUGGCUUUCCUUCACGGCCUCUUGAUCUCUCCCUCCUCGUUCAAGGUGUCCCAGGAGUUAAUACCCGUCUUCAGUCAAAGCGCUCUCACUGGGUUCAACGACAUUCUAUACCCCAGCCCGUGGAACUACAUGGACAAAGUCCAGUACAAACCGUCUGGAGAGUACCCCGAUCCCGCAUACGAGAAAAAGGAAAAUUCGCUCUACUGGAUUGGGAGCACCUCGGAAGGAUACAGCCGCUUCAACGAAUGGAAGGGCAUGCCACGACAACGAUUCGCCCACCUCAUGAACAACAACACCCAGAGCCAAGUCUCUGUGCUCUUACCAGCCGGUCCAGGCCUCUAUGAGUACGAGGUCAUGGAUGGCACCGCGCCCUCGGAACAAUUACAACUGCAAACAAACGUCCAUCUCGCAGACCCGAUCACCCGCUGCGGAGACUGCGACGUCCAGCACGAGGAAAUGGGAACAAUCUCCCACGUCGAUUUCCAAUCGCACUGGGCGCAUCGAUUCCUCUUCGACCUCGACGGCGCCGGGUUCAGCGGCCGAUUCCUACCCUUCCUGAAGAGCCACAGUCUUCCCAUGAAGACGGGUCUCUUCCGGCAAUGGUUCGACUCGCGCGUCGUAUCAUGGUUCCACUUCGUGCCCAUCGAUAUCCGGCUCCACGGCCUUUGGAGCACGCUGGCUUAUUUUGCCGGCGUGCCGAACCCCAACGGUGCCGAUGUCAACCACCCGAUGCGCAUGGAUGCGCAUACCAACCAGGGCUCGUGGAUUGCCGAGCAGGGGCGCCAGUGGACGGAGCUUGCGCUGCGCAAGGAGGAUAUGGAAAUCUAUUUCUUCCGGCUUCUUCUUGAAUGGGGUCGUCUGACGGAUGACAACAGGGACGCUCUUGCGUUCUCCCGCGUUCCGCUCUGA